UUCACUCAGUUUGUUUAACGAUGUAUAUGAACAUAUCUGCUCAUCGUUAGAGUACAUGGAUGAAAAUAAUUUGAUAACUGACGGAGUUAAACCUCAUGCCCUGCUUACAUCGAUACAAACACCACAAUUUAUUAUAGCUUUAAAAGUAGUGAAGCCAAUAUUCAGCAUUAUGAAAAAUCUCAGUGUUUUUUUACAAAAGGAAGAUUGUGAUCUUAGCAAUUGCAUUGAUUAUGCAAACCUCGUGUAUGAUGAAAUCAAUGCGAUGCGUUGUGAUUCGGAAUUGAAAUUCAAAGAUUUGUUUUUAGAAGCAAAAGAAAUGGCGGACAAAAUGGAUAUUAAUUUAGUACCUCCGCGUAAUGUUGGAGUACAGAAGAAUCGAGACAAUUACGAAGGAGGUCCUGAGGCAUAUUUCCGUCGGUCCAUAUUUCUUCCUUUUUUGGACCACUUAUCAAUGCAGUUAAAAAUAAGAUUUUUUGAACACCGGGAACUACUUUCAAAAAUUCAAAAUAUUCUUCCUACUAAGUGUUCUGAGCUGAAUACAAAAGAAAUCAGUGAAACAGUAAGUACUUUUGCAAAAGAAUGGCCAAAUGAUAUCAAGGGAUCUACUGAUAAUUUUAUAGCUGAGCUGACCAUGUGGCGCAGGCAUAGUUUAAAAAUUUCAAAAGAUAAAUGGCCGGAAACAUUUAUAAAUGCUCUAAACCAUUGCGAUUCUACAUUAUAUCCAACAAUACAUAGAUUUUUACAAGUUGGUGCGACUUUACCGGUUUCAGCGGCUACCAGUGAACGGUCUUUUUCUUGUCUUCGAAGAUUAAAAACAUAUUUGAGAAACAAGACGGGUGAAGAUCGAUUAAAUGGUUUGAUGCUCUUAAACAUUUACAGAGACGUGGAGGUGACGUGCGAAGAGAUAAUUAAUACUAUGGCUAAAGUGCCACGUCGCUUAGAUAUAAUUUUAUAGAAAAAAUUUCAAUAAUUAAAUAUUUUUGAAUGUAU